AUGACUCCCGCUUCAGAACACGAAGAUGCGAUUGCGCAAGAACUCCAAGCUCCGGCGCAUCCUUUGGACCACAAGCGCCGCCGUACCAUGACGUCGACCGAUGAAAUAGACAGCACCAUUAUCCGCCCUGGCAGUGUCAGAAUUAAUGUCAAGGGCGCUUUCAUCGUCGACCCCGACACGGCGACGCCAGCCUCUACCUCUGGCGCAAGCGCGGGCGGUGCUACAUCACAUAACGGCCGAAUGAGUCCGACGCACCCCGAAACGAGCGACAUCCGGUUACCAUACCACACUGCGAUUGUGAGCCAUAUUGCGAUUGACAUUGGCGGAUCGCUUAUAAAGCUCGUUUACUUCUCGCGCGAAGUUGAUUCUACGGAUCCCGGCGGCCGACUGAACUUUCAAAGCUUCGAAACGGAUCGCAUUGAUGACUGCGUGGAGUUCAUGCGACAUCUGCGCGAUAACCAACUUGUCAAUGGCUCACAACCGGGAGAGUUGUGUGUAAUGGCGACUGGCGGUGGCGCGUACAAGUAUUAUGACAAAAUUCGAGCCGCUCUCGAAGUGGAUGUGUCGCAAGAGGAUGAGAUGGAAUGCCUCAUCAUUGGACUUGACUUCUUUAUAACCGAGAUUCCCCGCGAGGUCUUUACCUACUCCGAAACAGAUCCCAUGCACUUCGUCGUCCCGCAGGAUAACAUAUAUCCUUAUCUGCUUGUAAAUAUCGGCUCAGGUGUCUCGUUCCUGAAAGUUACUGGGCCACGAUCCUACCAGCGAGUCGGAGGUACGUCGCUUGGUGGUGGUACUCUCUGGGGCCUCUUGUCUCUGCUCACUGGCGCGCGAACUUUUGACGAGAUGCUUGAACAAGCCGCUCACGGUGACAACGCCAAUGUCGAUAUGCUAGUUGGCGACAUCUAUGGAACGGACUAUGGCAAGAUAGGACUCAAGAGCACAACAAUCGCUUCGUCCUUUGGUAAAGUUUUUCGUAUGAAGAGAGAGGCUGAAUCAGCAGCCGAAGAUGGCAGAUCUGCUACCCCGGAAGACGCUUCCUUCAACAGCGCAGACGUGUCACGAUCUCUCCUUUACGCCAUCUCAAACAAUAUUGGACAGAUCGCCUACCUGCAGUCCCAAAUUCACAAUCUAUCCAAUAUUUAUUUCGGUGGUUCUUUCAUCAGAGGCCAUCGUCAGACCAUUAACACACUAAGCUAUGCUAUCAAGUUCUGGAGUAAGGGGGAGAAGCAGGCUUACUUCCUCCGCCAUGAGGGUUACCUGGGAGCUGUCGGCGCAUUCCUCAAGAGGAAGCCCAAGAACUGGGGUCGCAAAGGAAGUCUUGAGGGUUUGGACGACCUUGCUGAGUUACGGAGGAAUCUCCGCGAAGGGGCACCCAAUUCCAGUACAUCAUAA